CGUCCGUGGCUUAGGGAACACUCCUACGGAAUAUAAAAGCUCUAACAGUACCGGGGCUUGAAUUAAAGAAUUAUCCUCGACAAUACAGGAUUUAAAAUGAGCGUAAAUAAAAUAUAAUGUCGUUCAAUUUACCCGUUUUGUGUUCAUUUUCAGAAGAGUUCUUUUGCUAAGUGAUACAUCUUCUCAUGAGACAUUCAUUUAAAACAUCAAUUUUGGCACAUAUGUAUACUGCUAAUAAGAACGAAAUUGUUUUACUAAGCUAAACGCGCCGCGAAGUAAUAAAUAGCUGGGUAAUAUCUAUUUUACGCACGCUUAGUGUUAUUUUGUCUACCACAAAGGGGCCCUCGUCUAUUUGUCAUGAUUUACCGGUCUCUUUAUGGUAUGCGAUUUCAAAGUCCAUGAAUGAAUUUGCAUUCCUCAGAGCAUUUUGUUUUAAUCUUAUGAUCAUUAUGAGUUUUUAAGCAUUAUCCCUUUUAUAAUUGUUAAAAUGAACUUCUGAACAAUAAUUAAUGUCUUCGGCUAUUAAUAUAAAUCGCAGUACUGGAAUAGUUGUUCGGAUUUCAGAAUUUUCUGUUACGGGACGGGAGCUAAAUACUCGAUGUAUUGAGUCGCAUUUUAGCUAUUGUUUCAAUUGUGAGGAUCUGCACGCCUUUAUUGCAUUUGUGAUAAAGUUGACAAUUUCGUUGCUUUUUACUACAAUUAGUCGGUGCUAAGUACUUGGCUCCAACUGAAAAUGUUAGUUUACACAAAUCCAGAUCCUGUAUCUGUCUACGUAUCUUUUGAUGUUGAAGGGCGAGUUCAUGAAGAGUAUGCUACUAAUGCAGCGCACCUCGAUCUACCUGCAUAUUCACGGGAGGAGGUAUAUGAUAAUGCAUACUUUUCUUAUAAUGCUUAUUCUAUGAUUCGAGAGUUGCAAUUACAAAAUGGCCUUCUUUUAAAAAAUGCCAUCGUAAUAUACCGGGGAAAUAAGAAACCACGUUUCUAUGCAGAACUUAGUAACCGUAAAUUCUGUUUUUUUGAAAAGGGUCUAGAUAUUUAUAAACUAUAUCUCUAUGACUUUGAAACUGGAUUGCCUUCAGUACAAGACCCACGUUUUUUGCUUCGUAUUGUUAAUGAGAAAUACCAAAGAUUUGAAAAUGAAGUGAAGGUCGCCUUCAGUUAUAAUUUCUAUUACUUUCGCAAUGCGAAAGAUGUGUCCCCACAGCAAGGCAUAUCCAAACUUCAAGCUUCCACCUAUGGUAUGGCGGGCUAUGAAUUGGCACGCGUUUCCGACUUCAAGGAUCAAUGGACUACCGUCACGAAAAAGUGUGUUAACAUGUUUGCGUAUAGCUGCAUACAACAUGAAAUCGCUGGCCUUGAGUAUACUCUCAUCCCAUUAGAAUCAAUGGAAAUGGCUGAUGAAGCCAUGAAGGCCAAGUUUAUUAUAACAAACUAUGGAAGGAGAGCCGGUUUAUAUGCAAACUUUAUGGCUAAACCACUGAGCGGUUUACCAGGUUGCUCCGGGUUUGUCCGAGUCAAUCUCUCUCAGAAUCCUAAGAGUGUGCCUGUUCCCGCACUAGCGAAGAAACAUCAUAACUUGUAUGAAGAGUCAGCAAUGCUUCAGGCACCAGCCGAGCAGUUCUUGGCCGGAGUACUGCUGGCCGCCAGGGAUCUUGUGCUGAUAUUUGCACCGACGGUCAAUUCCUACAAAAGACUGUGGGAGCAGUCUUCACAUUUGACAAGUAUUUCAUGGGGUCUGACAAGCGAGAAUGCUAUUCGUAUAGUUGCUCCGCCAUUGUGCGAGUUGCGCGACACACAUCUUGAAAUAAGAAUCCCAGGUGCAGAUGCUCAACCUCACCUUGUGUUAGCGGCAAUUCUCGCAGCUGGAUAUUAUGGCAUUGAAACCAAUGCCGAAAUCCCAUUCCCACCGAUUGGUCCAUUCUCUGCUCCACAGAAGCUCGAUGCCGCUGUCGAACGGUUGACUCAAAUGCCAAAGUCACUUGGCGAAGCCAUUGAAGUAUUUCGCGCGCCCAAUAGCAUGGCACGGAAAUUGCUUGGUGAUGGUUUUGUUAAUUACUACUCUGAAAACCGGCUCGCCGAGCUUAAUGAAUGGAACAAGACCGUUGGUAGUUGGGAACAAUUACGCUAUAUGGAGGUUCAAUACUACUAGCAAUCGUUCCUUUUCCCUGCUAACACUUGCUCGUGCUCACUUAUACUAUUACUAUUACCAUUCCCACUACUAUGACUACUACUCCUAUUAUUCUCUUAUUCUCUUAUUAUUAUUACUCUUGCCCUUACUAGUUGCUCUUUUAUUUUAUUUUUUGCUAAUUCAUGAAUACUACGAGAUUUACUAUAAGCUGGAGUUUUACUAUUCCAUAUUUGGCGCGGGAACUGAAACUACACAUUCGGCGAAAUGACUACGAAUUCAAUAUCCUAAGGGAUUUCUAGUUAACAAUAUCCCUAAAACCCAGUGAUACUGACAACUCGGUUACAUUACCCUAAAUGCGUAUUUUAGCGGUAUGUUGCGA